AUGGCCAGGCUGCCGUUCUUCUCGGAUCAUCGAAUGGGCGUACCUGCCGACGAUAGACUGGACCGAAUAUAUCAAAAGCUACGAAUGGCUACAGAAAGAGCAGUCAGAGCAAUACACAGAGCACUGAAAGAUAACAAGAUCUCAUGGCGCGCAGCAGCCCUCGCCGACCUGAUCGUUAUCCAGAAUCAAUUCCCUCUGAUCGCAAUCACACAAGGCGUUCGAAUCCCUGCAGUCGUUGACGUACGCGAAUUACUCGCUGUCAACCGCCAUAAUACACACGCCGCAGCGCUGAGAGCGAAUAUGAAGGUGAAGAUGGAAGAGGAAAUCUUCGACUCAAUCGGAGACGAGUUUGCGGAAGGACUGAUUCAAUUUGCUUAG